AUGGAGACCCGGAGACUGUCGGGCCCAGAGCAGGAGCUGAUCCGAGAGAGCUGGCAGAAAGUGAACAGCAAUCCCCUCCAGCACGGGAUGAUCUUGUUUACCAGGUUGUUUGACUUGGAACCAGACCUACUGCCCCUCUUUCAGUAUAACUGCCGGCAGUUCUCCAGCCCUCAGGACUGCCUUUCUUCUCCUGAGUUCCUGGAUCACAUCCGUAAAGUGAUGUUGGUGAUCGAUGCGGCAGUGACCCAUGUGGAGAACUUGUCGUCCUUGGAGGAAUAUCUCACCAAUCUGGGCAAGAAGCACAAAGCAGUUGGUGUGAAGCUCAGUUCCUUCUCGACGGUGGGUGAGUCCUUACUCUACAUGCUGGAACAGUGCUUGGGACCCACAUUCACUGUAACCAUGAAGGAGGCAUGGACACAACUCUAUGGAGCUGUGGUCCAGGCCAUGAGCCGUGGUUGGAAUGGAGAGUAGGAGGUCCUCAUACUCCAAGUCCACUCUCUACAUCAUGAAUACAUCUUCCCUUCUUACUGGCCAACAUGCACUCUCUGUCCUUCGGUCUGUCU